UCAUCAUCCAGCAAGCUCGGAUUUCAGUCUUCUUUAUUUUCUUGGUUGCUCAGAACGGGAAUGCGCAACAUUUUCCGCAAGCGGUCUCCCAGCGACAGCCACCCAGCGCACUCGACCGACGCUGCCUCUGCUGCCUCUGCUGCCUCUGCUGCCGACGCACACCACCAGCCUGUCGGUUCCCACUUGCAAGUGCCUGGAGCGGGACCAGCAGCAGGAGGAGGCAAUGCUGGGAACAGCAGCAGCAGCAGCAGCAGCAGCGGCGACGGAAGCAAGCUUCGUGCUCGAAGUGCCAGUCCGACGUCGGUUGCCGGAGCAGUCAUGUCGGCCAUGUCGCUGAGCAGGCUGAGCCCCAGCAAGGUCAAGGAGAGCAAGGAAGAGCGCAGGCUGAGCAAGGCCGCCGCCAAGGAAGCCAGCGACAAGGCCGCCAAGCGCAUCUGGGAGUCGCAGAAUGCUCCUACCAACAUCCUCGACCUGUCCGAGUGUGGCAUUGAUGAGUUGCCUUCAGAGACAAAUGCGACGUGUAACACAUUCCGCAAAGACAUCUUGCUGGCACACUCCAACCGGAUUGCAGUGCUCCCGCCGUCCAUUGCGCAGCUCACCAAGCUGACGAUCUUGGACUUGCAUCGCAAUGGACUCGAAGUCAUUCCCCCCGAGAUUGGUCAACUUGUCUCCUUAAAGUCGUUGGACUUGUCGUUCAAUCACAUUCGCUCGCUCCCGCCCCAAAUUGGCAACCUGUCACGACUUUACGCCCUUCGUCUGCGAGACAACCAACUGACACACCUGCCGCAGGAAAUCCUCUCACUCCAACUGCUUUCGUUGGACUUGCGCGACAACUUUUUGACCCAACUGCCGGCCAACAUGUACCAAAUGACCACGCUCCAAGAGCUGGAUCUGAUCGGGAAUCAUUCUCUCGACUUUCCUCAGCAGAAUGUGAUUGCAUUGGGCACUCGCGCAAUCAUGCAGGCUCUAUGCACAGCGAAAGGAGUGGAAUAUGUGCUGCAGACCCAUGUCGUGAUGGCCGACGUGGCGCAAGCGUCGCCAGGGUUUGUGACCUCGUCGGGCCAAGUGUCGGCGCUCUCAUUCACACAAGCAAAGCAGGCAGAGGACGAGGCCCUGAUUGAGCGGCACAUGCGAGAGCGCCAGCUUGAAAAGGAGCGUGUGCAACAGCGCCAGCUGGAUCGCGAUCGCGAGUUUGAGGAGCAGGUGCGCCAGCAACGCGCCCUCGACGACCACAUGCGCGAACUGAGGUCGCAAAAUUUUGCCGCGGUGCUCGCAGAGAACGACCGCCACUCGGAAGUGAUGGCCACGGCGCACAUGAAAACGCAGCUUCAGCAACAGAAGCUGCUCAUCGAGCAAAUCCUCAACGCCAGCAACGUCGAGAGCUCUGCCAUUCAAAUUUCGCUCAUCCGUCUCGAAGAGGAGCGAAUUGGCUUGGCCAUCCAAGAGCGGAUUCAGAAAGACAAGAAGCUGCUUGAGGCUGAGAUUGCACGUGCAUGCGAUGCGUCGGAAAAGCGUCGCCUUGAUGAAAUGCGUCGGGCGCUGCAUGAGCGCGAAGCUGCCGAGGAGAAAAUGGAAGCUUCCCGCGUGGCCUACGAACAAGAAAAGGCAGCCGCUGCCAAGCGCGCCGAGCAAAUGCAAGCCGAGUUCCAAAAGUUUGUUGAUGGCACUCUGACGGACAAGGCAGAUCGGGCCAAGGCUCUGCAUGACAAACUCCAAGCAGACCAAUCGCGAUACCAAGAAGAGUUUGUUCAAUGGCAGUUUGCGCGAGACGCCAUGUACCAGCAGAUCAACAUGGACAUUUUCACCCUGCAAGAGGAUCUCGGUCGCCUUGCGGUUAUCGUGCGCCAGAAACGCGAUGAGCGGAAUGACGCUGAUGUCGAUUUGUUGACCGAAGAGCAGCAUCGUCUCUACCACAAGAUGUGCAUGUUGGUCGAACAGCAGCGCGCUCGCGAGGGCGAGCUCCGUGUCAUGCUGACCAACAUGGAUGCCGAGUACAAGCAGCAGCAAAAGGACUUGUGGUGCCACGAGUUUGCCAAGCUGCUGGCGCGCCGGCCCGCUGAUGUCGACUUUUCCGAGCAAGAGCAGCGUGCCUACGCCAGUCAGUGCAAUCCCAGUGUCCUGCGUAGACUGGCCAAGCUCAAGCUUGAGCAUCUCGCGCCCAUCUUUGGUCGCGAGCACAUUGACAAGCGUGCAUGGAAAGCGUUGACCGAUGUGCAUCUGCAAACCAUUGGUGUCACUGCUCUCGGCGAUCGCCUCCGCAUUCUCACGACCUUGUGAGCUGUAUAUUUAAAUCGUGUUGCAUGUUGUAUGUUGGCUUGUAGGGUUGCCCAAGUGAUAAAACGAUUAGG